GAGUGUACUACAGGCUAAACUGUCAACUUUCCUCUUAUGUUUCCUUUUUUACUAAACGGCAUCAACAUUUUGAUACGAAGUGCGCAGUAAUAAGAGCCGCGCAGAAUUAGGGCGCCUCACGGUAUUUUGUUGAAAAUCUCUUAAGUUGUAUUACUAAAAGUACUGCAUAAAAAAGAGACGAGUGAACAUAAGUUGAAUUUUCAAAAGUGUGAAGCGCUGGUAGCGGAGUUCAUGCUAGGCGUUACCAGUCGUUUGCAUUCAUUCCGUUCACUCUUUUGUCUGACUUUGACAGUUGCUGCCAAAGUGUCAAAACAAAUUUACCUGCAAACUGAAGGUCGUUGAAAUAAAAGAUUUGUGCAAAAGUAUCCUAGUCGAGUGAAAUUAACUGACUUCUCAAUACAAAAAUAUCGAAAAUUGUUACCCAUGGAACCGCCUGCGUUUCAUCCGUGCGACGAAGCGGUCAUUUCGACGAACGACGAUGCUAGCAACUGUAAACGUUCAGCCGUCAAGUUGGGUUACUGGAAAGACGACUUUCUGGGUUAUUUCGUGCGCAGCCCGGAUCGAAAGCAACCGGAGAUAAACCGAGGUUAUUUCGCUCGGGUCAAGGGUAUUGAAAUGUGCAUCGAAAAAUUUUUCAAGAAAACUGGAGAUAAAUGCCAAAUUAUUAACUUAGGAUGUGGAUUUGAUACACUGUAUUGGAGACUUCGGGAAUCUGGGCAUAUGAUAUCAAACUUUGUUGAGCUAGAUUUUCCCGCAGUAACAUCCCGCAAAUGCUAUCAAAUCAAAAGAAAUAAAAUUUUACUGGAAAAAAUACAUGUUGAAGAUGGCGAAGUGCGUCUCAGCCCGACGGAUCUGCAUUCCAGCAAUUAUCAUAUCGUUGGGGUUGAUUUAAGAAACAUCGAUGAAGUGGCAUUAAAAAUGCAGCAAUCCGAAGUUGACUUUAGUAUUCCUACUAUCUUUUUGGCUGAGUGUGUCCUAGUCUAUAUCGAACCACAAAACAGUAGCAAUCUACUAAAGUGGUUCGCCUCGAACUUCCAGUCAGCCGUGUUCGUCAACUACGAGCAGGUCAAUAUGAAUGAUCGCUUCGGAGAAGUUAUGCUUAACAACCUGAGACAGCGCGGAUGCAGUUUAGCUGGAGUAGAGUCAUGUGUUUCAUUAGACACGCAGAUUAGCAGGUUCCUUAGUUGCAACUGGCACGGUGCCCGUGCGUGGGAUAUGGUGCAGAUCUAUAACAGUAUCCCGCCAGUCGAAAGGGCUCGAAUUGAACGCAUCGAAAUGCUCGAUGAAGCAGAACUGCUGAUGCAAUUAUUUCAGCAUUACUGUAUCUCCAUCAGCUGGAUUGGAGAUCUCUUUCAGGAUAUCGAAAUAACCGUUGAGAAACGACUAUCGUCGCUAAACAUUGACUAAGCAAAUCGAUAAAGGAGCCAACUAAACUUUCAAUUGCGACUGACCGCCGAAGAAAAUUGCAUAUAAUUAUAAACAACGUUUGAUUUUGUUUUCCUUUUGUUAUUGGUAGAUAAUUAAGUAUUGAAAGUUGCUAUCGUUAAAAUCUCGGCAUUAUAAGGCAAGAUGUUUCGGCUAGUAAGCAGCAUGCAAUUCGUUUUUAAUGUAUAAUAAUGUGACCAUAAGUGGACUUCGCUAUCUUCGGUAAAUGUGCUUAAUAUGGAAGUUGCGGUCACUAAUUCAAAUUAAAAUGUAACUAAAAGUUUUUCUGUGUAUGCUAAUAUAAAUCAAAUGUAGGAGUAAUAUAUUACAAAAGAGCGUACAGUGAAUGGUUUUGAAAGUAAAAUUAAGUUGUGAUUAAAUAUACAACAACUAUGUAUAAUCAAUAGCUCUCGACCUCAGCACAUUUUUGGACUGUCAUAUUGUAGAUAGUGUUUAACAAAUUGUAUGAUUAGUAAGCCAUAAACGAAGACUACAGUGUCAAAUUUCCUUUUUGGUUUAUAGAUAUCAGCGUCAACUAUAAUCGGUCAUCCCAAUCGAGACAUUUAGUAAGAAAUGCUGAAGUUCGAGUCUGUAUGACUUCCGGUUUCUUUCAUAAAGCUUUGGUUGUAGCGUAAAUCGUUUAUGUUUGGUAGUCGUUUUGUUUGAAUAUUUAAAUAAUAGAUCCCAUGUGUGAAUUCUACUUGGCUAUAGACUAAAAAUGUCAUGUUUCCAUAGGAACACUUUCGAUUACAUUAUUAUAGUCAUGACAAAAAAAAAUUUCAUAUGCACCGUACUGAUUCAAUGCCAUUUGGCACUAUCACUCGAACCGCGUUGUCCUUUUUGCUGUGAAACGUUCUACCAAAAACCCAUAGUCAAGAACUUGUUACUAAUCGUAAAUGAUGGUAAAUAAAACCGUGCGGAGAAAA